AUGACUCCAUACUCUUCACUCUUGUCUUUCCUGGCUGCACUGUGUAUGUGUGGCCAUGCCCUCACCUCUCGUGUGGUGUGCUCUGACCGCUGCUGCUCCUUUGUAGAGGACUUCCCUGCUAGGCUCAAGGAGCUGCGUGCAUCCUUCUCCAAGAUCAGAGACUACUAUGUAAGUACUACAGCACUAUUAGUCCAGUGUGUGUGCUGCUUUUGUCAGAACAAAUCUAAUUUCUACAGGCAUCAUCUGUUCAGAGCAUGUCUCCAUCUAGGCUGUCUUCAUGGAAGUGGUGCAGUGAGAUGUCUCUAUGACUGGGAUUUGUAAUAAUGCAAUUUGUUCUUUUUGCAGGAAGCCAAUGAUGAACUGGAGAAUUCCCUCCUAAACGACAGUUUUGAAAACAGUCUUCAAACUCCGUCUGGAUGUCACAUUAUGGACAACCUAUUGAAGUUCUAUCUGGACACUGUGUUGCCAAAAGCUAUCAGCGGAACGACGAAUGAUAACGAUUUCAAAUCUCCCAUCGACUCCAUUGGAAACAUACUUAACGAUCUCAAGAAGGAGCUUAUGCAAUGUAGACAUUAUUUUUCCUGCAAGAAACCAUUUGACAUUACAGAGUUCAUUUCCACCUAUAACAAGAUGCAGAACAAAGGUCUGUACAAAGCCAUGGGAGAGCUGGACUUGUUCUUCAACCACAUUGAGACAUACUUGGCAUCUAAACGAAGGAAACAUUGAUCACUGACAGUGCCACUAAGUUUAACCUUUAUCACACUGACUGGGGUUGUGUUAAUUGUUCUAAGUGUUACUUUAAUGAAAAACAAAGAUACAACUUUGUUCUUAUCUAUGGCUGCUUCUCUCUACCAGCAUACAGCCAACCUCUUCUUUGUCUGAUGUGAAUUGAACUUGAUAUUUUAAAGUGCAUUUGUCCUAAGGACAACUUUUUCUGUAUUGCUUACUGAGUCAUAUUGAGUCACAUUCUUUGUUUAAGUAACUGCAUGUGAAUGCAAUCCGUACUACCAUGAACU